UGUGACGCGCGGUGACAGCUCGCCGUUCGCAAAAAAAAAAUUGGUUUUCCAGGUCCACAAAACGAAAACAAACCCGUGCCCGGAACAAAAUCCCGUCGGAUAUGGCCUCACGGAUGCUCUGGUCGCCGGUCCGCCGGCUAACGAAUGCGGUCAGUAGCCGAUCCAUCAGCACCCAAGUGCUGGCCAGUCGCUGCGCUGUGAUUAAGGAUGAAAUUACGCACACGGGACAGUUCUACGAUGCUGGGGACUACCGGAAUGCCCGCUUCGUGAACGCAACCAAGGUGGUAAACCCCAACUGGGCCGUUAAACUGAUUGACGAAACCCCAAUCAUCAAAUCGUCGGAACGCGUUGUCUGCUGCGAUGGCGGUACCGAUCCUGCCCUCGGUCAUCCGAAGGUGUACAUCAAUUUGGAUAAACCGGGAGCACACGCAUGCGGUUACUGUGGCCAGCGAUUUGAGAAGGAAGACCAUCACCACUGAAAAACUCUCCCGCUUUAAUUCAUAAUGCCACGAGGAAGCCGCGGCUCGUUGUUGUCACCCGUUAGUCAAAUAAACGAGGAAUCCUAAAAUCAAACCU